CUGGGUAACUAACCAGCUGAAGAGGAGGACUGGAUGCAUCAGUGGAAGGUAAAGAAGAAGAGUCUGGAGGAGGAGAGCUGAGUGAUCUGUGAUCUUCUUAUUUUUUACUGUCCCUGAGACUGUCGGCGGGCAGUCUAAUCUCGCCUUUAACAGCUGCUCCUUCCUGUCGCUUUCGUUACUUGGAACUGGAACCCAUUUUCUCCUAAUCUUCUACUGAAAUGCAGAUUACAGCUAUUAUUAUUUCCAGAGAGAGAGAGAGAGAGAGAGAGAGAGAGAGAGAGAGAGACUAAUUUGAUGAGCUAAUUAGUGAGAGAAGAGCGCUUUGCUUAUAUUAAGCGACAGCGAGAGAGAGAGAGAGAGAGAGAGAGAGAGCAAGGGAGAGGGAGAGAGAGCUUCAUUGCCCUUCGCUUGUUUAUGAGGUGUGACUGACAAGUGAACUGAGUUGUCUCUCCUCUUCCUGUUGCAGCAGCUGCAGCUCCCAAUUUAGUUUAGGGGGCUUAAAAAUCGGGACUUUGAGCUUGCUGAGCAACGGGUACCGCUUCCCAUGGAGUCAGAAGGCGAAUCCGGGGAAAAGCCCAUGAAGGCUCUGGGUGGUGGUCAAGUUUGCCAGAUCUGCAGUGAUAGUGUCGGCACAGCUGUGGAUGGUGAGCCCUUUGUUGCUUGCGAUGUCUGUGCAUUUCCGGUCUGCAGGCCUUGCUAUGAGUAUGAGCGCAAGGACGGGAAUCAGUCUUGCCCUCAAUGCAAAACUCGGUACAGGAGACACAAAGGAAGCCCUGCUAUUCUUGGGGACCAAGAAGAGGAUGCUGAUGCUGAUGAUGGCAGGAGUGAUUUCAAUUACUCCUCAGAAACUCAAAUCCAAAAGCAGAAGAUUGCGGAACGCAUGCUGAGCUGGCAUGUGGCAUAUGGGCAAAAUGAGGAAGCUGCUGCUCCCAGUUAUGACAAGGAAGUGCCUCACAACCAGAUUCCUCGACUUACCAGCGGACAGGAGGUUUCUGGAGAGCUAUCUGCUGCUUCACCUGAGCACCUGUCUGUGGCGUCUCCUCGAGCUGCUGCAAACAUCAGGGUUGUGGAUCCCGCAAGGGAGUUUGGUUCCUCAGGAGGACUAAGCAGUGUUGCAUGGAAAGAAAGAGUUGAAGGGUGGAAAAUGAAACAGGAGAAAAAUGUCAUCCCAAUGAGCACGGGUCAGGCUACUUCUGAAAGGGGAGGCGGAGAUAUUGAUGCCAGCACUGAUGUACUUGUGGACGACUCUUUACUGAAUGAUGAAGCUAGGCAACCACUCUCGAGGAAAGUGUCUAUCCCAUCUUCAAGAAUAAACCCAUACAGGAUGGUCAUAAUUCUGCGGCUCGUUAUCCUCAGCAUUUUCUUGCACUAUCGAAUUACUAACCCCGUGCCCAAUGCCUAUGCCCUGUGGUUGGUCUCCGUAAUAUGUGAGAUAUGGUUUGCAAUCUCCUGGAUACUUGAUCAGUUCCCAAAGUGGUUCCCUGUGAAUCGCGAAACAUAUCUCGACAGGCUUGCACUGAGAUAUGACAGAGAGGGAGAGCCUUCACAGUUAGCUGCUGUCGACAUUUUCGUCAGUACUGUGGAUCCACUGAAGGAACCACCUCUUGUAACGGCCAAUACUGUGCUUUCCAUCCUUGCAGUGGACUACCCAGUGGACAAGGUCUCCUGCUACGUCUCAGAUGAUGGAGCUGCAAUGUUGACUUUUGAAGCCCUAUCUGAGACAUCAGAAUUCGCAAGAAAGUGGGUUCCCUUCUGCAAGAAGUACAGUAUUGAGCCUCGAGCCCCUGAAUGGUACUUUACUCAGAAGAUUGAUUAUUUGAAAGAUAAAGUUCAGCCAUCAUUCGUCAAAGAUCGGCGUGCUAUGAAGAGAGAAUAUGAAGAAUUUAAAGUUCGUGUCAACGGACUUGUUGCCAAGGCACAGAAGGUUCCUGAGGAAGGAUGGAUCAUGCAAGAUGGUACUCCAUGGCCUGGAAAUAAUACCAGAGAUCAUCCUGGAAUGAUCCAGGUUUUCUUGGGGCAAAGUGGAGGACUCGAUGCUGAGGGUAAUGAGCUGCCGCGUUUGGUCUAUGUUUCUCGUGAAAAGCGUCCUGGCUUCCAACAUCACAAGAAAGCAGGUGCUAUGAAUGCUCUGGUUCGCGUGUCUGCUGUCCUCACCAAUGGGCCUUUCUUGUUGAAUCUUGAUUGUGAUCAUUACGUCAAUAACUGCAAGGCCUUGAGAGAAGCAAUGUGCUUCCUUAUGGAUCCAAACCUUGGAAAACAAGUUUGUUAUGUACAAUUUCCGCAGAGAUUUGAUGGUAUUGAUAGGAAUGAUCGUUAUGCCAAUCGCAACACUGUCUUCUUCGAUAUAAACUUGAGAGGUUUAGAUGGAAUUCAAGGUCCAGUUUAUGUCGGAACAGGCUGUGUCUUCAGUAGAACAGCCUUAUAUGGCUAUGAACCUCCAGUUAAACCAAAGCACAAGAAGCCAGGAGUCCUAUCUUCUUUGUGUGGUGACUCUCGGAAGAAGAGUUCGAACUCGAGUAAGAAAGGCUCGGACAAGAAAAAAUCUGGAAAACACAUGGACCCCACUGUACCUAUCUUCAGCCUUGAGGAUAUAGAAGAGGGCGUGGAAGGUGCCGGGUUUGAUGAUGAGAAGACUCUCUUGAUGUCUCAAAUGACCCUUGAGAAGAGGUUCGGGCAGUCUGCUGUCUUUGUCGCCUCCACACUCAUGGAGAAUGGUGGUGUUCCUCAAUCUGCAACUCCAGAGACCCUUCUUAAGGAGGCCAUUCAUGUCAUCAGCUGUGGUUAUGAGGACAAGACUGACUGGGGAACUGAGAUUGGUUGGAUUUAUGGUUCAGUUACAGAGGAUAUUCUCACGGGAUUCAAGAUGCAUGCCCGUGGGUGGCGAUCAAUCUACUGUAUGCCUAAACGACCCGCCUUCAAGGGUUCUGCUCCCAUUAACCUUUCCGAUCGCCUCAACCAGGUGCUUCGAUGGGCUCUUGGUUCCGUUGAAAUUCUUCUGAGCCGGCACUGUCCCAUUUGGUAUGGAUAUGGUGGAAGGUUGAAGUGGCUCGAGAGGUUUGCAUAUGUGAACACAACCAUUUAUCCAGUUACUGCUAUCCCACUUCUGAUGUAUUGUACCUUGCCUGCCGUCUGUCUGCUGACAAACAAGUUCAUCAUCCCACAGAUAAGUAACAUUGCAAGUAUAUGGUUCAUAUCUCUCUUCCUGUCAAUCUUUGCAACCGGUAUCCUUGAGAUGAGGUGGAGUGGGGUUGGCAUUGAUGAGUGGUGGAGAAACGAGCAAUUCUGGGUUAUUGGAGGCGUUUCUUCCCAUCUCUUUGCCGUCUUCCAAGGCCUCCUUAAAGUACUCGCUGGGAUUGACACGAACUUCACUGUGACCUCAAAAGCAUCGGACGAGGAUGGAGACUUUGCAGAGCUCUACAUGUUCAAGUGGACGACUCUGCUGAUUCCACCCACGACCCUCCUCAUCAUAAACAUAGUCGGGGUGGUGGCAGGGAUCUCCUACGCCAUCAACAGCGGGUACCAAUCCUGGGGCCCGCUCUUCGGGAAACUGUUCUUCGCCUUUUGGGUGAUCAUUCAUCUCUACCCGUUCCUCAAGGGUCUGAUGGGACAGCAGAACCGAACUCCCACCAUCGUGGUUGUAUGGUCCAUCCUGCUAGCAUCCAUCUUCUCCCUCCUCUGGGUUCGGAUCGACCCCUUUACGACCAGAGUGACUGGACCAGAUAUCGAGGCAUGUGGGAUCAACUGCUGA